ACGUACGGCGACGUUUCGCUGAUCCUGAGUAGCCCCAAAACCCCCUCUCUCCCUCUCUGAAACUGCGACUCCCCAAGAAUCCCUUGCAGUGACGCAGGCAGAAUAGAAGCAACCCUAAUCUGCAUAGAGAGAGAGAGAGAGAGAGAGAGAGAGAGAGAGGGUAUAUACUUGUGUGCGUGAGUUAGAUUAUGGGCAGCACUUAUCUCUCUCCACCGGUAAAACGUUCGAAUUCGACGCUUUACGCAUCCACCGCGGCUUCCAUGUACGACCCGAGCCCCGCAAAUGGGGCCUCCAAGCGUUCCAAGCACCCACCCCUUUCACUCUCCACCCCUCCGGGCCACGUGGCAUUCCGCCUCCUCUGUCACGCCUCGCGCAUCGGCGGUGUCAUCGGAAAGUCUGGCAACGUCAUCAAGACCCUCCAGCAGUCCACCGGUUCUAAGAUCCGGAUCGAGGAAGCCCCAAAUGAGUCCCCCGACCGGGUCAUUCUCGUCGUUGCCCCUGGAGCCCUCACCACCAACAUCACUCUAAAGAACUACAGCGGCUCAGGCGAAGAAAAAGUAUCCCUGAAUUCCGACGGUGUUGUUGAGGUGUCGAAGGCGCAAGAGGCGCUGAUGAAGGUGUUCGAGAGAAUACUGGAGGUGGCGGCCGAGAGCGACGGCGUGGAGGUCGGGGUCGUAUCGUGCCGGCUUCUGGUGGAGGCGACGCAGGUGGGGUCCGUGAUAGGGAAGGGAGGGAAGGUCGUGGAGAAGAUCAGGAAAGAGAGUGGCUGCAAGAUUAGGAUUUUGACCGACAAGUUGCCGGCCUGUGCUGCCCCAUCCGACGACAUGAUCGAGAUAGAAGGGAAUGUUUUGGCUGUAAAGAAAGCGCUUGUUGCUGUGUCCCGAUGUCUUCAAGAUUGUCUGCCAGUUGACAAGACAAGGAUGAUUAGAAGCAAACCUGUAGAAGCAGUUCCCCAUGAGACCUUAUCUGACCUCCAUUUAGAUCAUCUUUCACAGAGAAAUUCAGGGCCACACAGUAUGCCAUACAGCUCUAUGAAUUAUGCUUCAGGAGUUCAUCCGGUGUCAAUAGAGGUCGACAGGGCUUCUGGUUUGGAAACAAAAACACAGCUGCACGAUGUUAAUUUUAAGAUGCUUUGUUCCACUGAUAGGGUUGGAGGCGUAAUUGGAAAAGGGGGUGCCAUUAUCAGGGCUCUUCAAAAUGAGACAGGUGCUAAUAUAAGUAUUGGAGCUUCUAUAGUUGAGUGUGAUGAACGAUUAGUUACCAUUACUGCAUCAGAGAAUCCUGAUUCACGAUACUCACCAGCACAAAAGGCGGUGGUUCUUGUUUUCUCUAGGUCUAUAGAGGGUAUUGAGAAGGGGCAAGAUUUUGUCUCAACUAAGGGGUCACCUGUUACUGUGCGGCUUGUAGUCCCCUCAAACCAAGUUGGUUGUUUGUUGGGAAAAGGAGGUGCAAUAAUUUCAGAGAUGCGGAAGGUUACAGGUGCUGGCAUACGAAUAAUUGGAGGUGAACAGGUGCCAAAGUGUGUGUCAGAGCAUGAUCAAGUGGUGCAGAUUUCAGGAGAGUUUUCAAAUGUGCAAGACGCAUUGUAUAAUGUAACUGGUAGACUGCGUGAUAACAUUUUCUCCAGCACCCAGAACAAUGUUGGAGCAAGGAGCAGUUCCUCUGUGUUGUCCGACACCAGCCCCUAUGGAAGACUCAGAGAUCCUGUGCCUAUUGGAAGUCAUCCAUCAGUUGGUGUCUCUCAUGGUCUCAGUCGACAUGCUUCUCUAACUCAAUGUACAGAUCCAUCUGUAGGUGUUUCCCAUAGUCUCAGUCGACAUACUACUUUAAGUCAAAGUAUAGAUCAUCUUGGAAGUUCCCAUGGUUUAGAUCUUCCUCCUUCACCAAGGUUAUGGGCAUCACAGUUAGCAGUUGGAGUAAAUCCAAGCAAUACAGAUGCUGGCAGAGGAUUUACUUCUCUUAAAGGUGGCUUAGAACUUGGCAGCAGAAGCAAAUCUGCCAUUGUGACAAACACGACUGUAGAGAUCAUAGUUCCUGAUAAUGUAAUUAGCUCUGUAUAUGGGGAUAAUGGUAGCAAUCUGGCUCGUUUGAGACAGAUAUCAGGCGCUAAGGUCAUAGUGCAUGAUCCUCUCUCUGGAUCAAGUGACAGGAUUGUUGUCAUAUCAGGGACACCCGAUGAAACCCAGGCAGCUCAGAGUCUCCUCCAUGCAUUCAUUCUCACUGGAUCAUCACGAUGAAAUCAUCUCAUCCUUGGCCAUGGCUCAUAAUGUUUUGAGAGAAGACGACUACUCUUGUUUGUUGCUUGUUUUAGUUGCUUUUUCCCCCCUCAUAAUGUGUACACUGUACAUUACAGUAGGAAAAUUCAGCCCUUCUGGGCAUGCCAAUCCUGGCAUUUUUGCGAAAGCAUUUUGGCUCUAAUUGUUCGCCGUUAUGUUUAAUAAUGAGUGAUUUUUCUAAGGGGACUGAUGAAUAUUUUGAGAACAGAGAAGGUGAAAAAAGUUUUGAGCCCCGCUCCCAACUUAGGUCC